CAUCGGUAGGCGUACCCAAGUUCAGUUGUAUAGUGUUUAGAAUGACGUUUGAUCGGACAUGAGGGGUAGAGAAAUGUGAGUACAGAGCAUGGUACAGAGUAGCCUACGACCUGCUGCUAACGACUACGACACAGCCAAUGCGAGAACGUGUCCAGUUGGCCUCUACGUGAUCCCCUUUCUACCUCGCCUCUCCAUUCGUCUGGACGCCGAUGCUGCCUGCCAGACGAUGAACGCCGAUGCUCGAAGGGUGCGCAACCAAGAUGCCAAUCCCUGCAUCGAGGAGAGUGAUGGCUCCCAGAAUUGCCUUAACAGAAACAACUAUGACAAGUCCAUGUGCAGUUUCUACUUCCAGAGAUACAAGGAAUGCAGAAAGUACUGGCACAAUGUCAUGAUUCAGCGUCGGCGGGAUGGUAUGAAGCCAGACAUGCCGACAGCAGCGGAACGUGAGGAGAUCCUUGCUGCCCUGGGUGGAAAACCCUACUGAGAAGAAGCCCUACAGGAAGAACCAAGCUGCUGUAGCCACACAGCAGCAUCUAACUGAGCACUCCUCAGUGACAGUCUCUGUGACUGUGGACACAUUUCACUGAAAGCACAGUUCAGACCCUGUUUCUGGUUGAACCUUAUGGGCCAUCUUUAACACAAAACAGUGGGAAUGCUGUGGAUAUGAAUGUAGGAGAGGAGUGUGUCACCUGCUGAUUGGACUUUGCAUACUUGCAUCAUGGAUAGUUGAUUUGACCCAUGCCUUGUGAAGGGGUAUUUUGAUGGUCAUAAAAAGCUCGUACUGAUGGUAAAGAGUGUGGUAAAGAAGUGCAUGUUGCUGAUAACAACAGCCUACUGUAUGUGUGUAUGUUUGUUGUGGUUUAUAUAUUAUUUUCAAAUGCAUCGGUAUGGAUUGACAAUUGUCUGGAAAUUGAGGCGACCAGGGGGGUUCUCAAAAUACAAUACCACUGCUGUGAAGUAUUGUGUAUUAAAUGUCUAACCCCCUAUAAGUCCCCCGGGAACAAAGGAGGAACUGGUACCAGAUGCGGCCUUAUUAGUGCCAACACAUCACCAUAUUGGUGGCUUUGCUGAAGACCAUAAUAAACUAUAUGGAACAUGUGAACUUGUACUUGUUUUGUUGACUUUGUACAUGUUUGAACCUGUUUCUCAUUAUCUAUAAGCAUUUACACGGAAAAUGUCACACUUGUUGCUUAGAAAGCUAUGUGAAAUAUGACAUCAAAUAUGGCUCGAAGUUCAGCUUGUCAAAUGCUCUAAAUUGUUGAACUGCUAAAUUAUGCGUUAACAAGUUUUUACAACUGUUACCAUGUAAAGAUGUAAAAUAUAACAUCUAAAAUAAAGUUUUAUACAGUGGCUCUGA